AUGUGCUCAAUAUACGAGCUUUCAUUCCUGAUGAUAUCAGCUGCUCACGGAUCAGAUGGAGAAGCUGGCUGUUUUGUAGAAAUGGCCGAGGACCAACAGUCCUACGAGAUCCCUGGAGUUUCUGGCGGUGGCAAGUCAGGUAUCUCCAUUCGACGGCAAAAAGGACAUCGGGACUUCGACGGUGAAGGGAUGUACGAUCAUGCUUUAUUCAAGAGGGCGUGGACGUUCCAGGAACGUUUACUGGCACCAAGAAUCAUCCACUUCAUGAAGAACGAGUCGGGUCUUUGGACGAAUGAUCUUCCCGAUGGCUUGCUUUGGAUGGCUGACGAAGAUGCGAUGAGGUCUGAACAGUAUCGCGCGCCGAAUUGGUCGUGGGCUUCCCUGGUUUCAGGUGGGAUUACUUAUCCUAGCUACAAAGACGAAGGGUGGGAAGAGCGAAGAAAUUUUCGCUCUAUUAUCAAGGAAUCUAGCGUGAGGAUACUGGAAGCGAAGUGUGAUCUUCCGGUUGGAGGGACUGAUGUCACUGGUGCAGUCGCAGGCGGGCAUAUCGUGCUCUUGGGACUGCUCGUUGAAGUGACGCUGGAAAUCGUUGACGACGGCGAGGGGGUUGAUUUGGCAGGUGGUGACGUCGAGUUUAGCGUGAGCAGGGAGGGCAUGACUGAGUAUGUCAGGCUCGAUGAUCCGUUUGGAGAUGAGCUGCUGGAGACGCAGAGUGUGCAUUGUCUCCUAGUUGGAAGGAGCUGGACUGAUGAGCUGUGUGUGUUGGUGUUGAGGAGAGAGGAUGAAGAUGUUUAUAAGAGGGUUGGACAUAGUAUCUGCAAUUGGCAGCUUGGCGAUGGAGGAGGGUUUGGAAAGGAGUUCUUUGAGGAUAAGCAGCCCUGUGUGAUACGGAUUAUUUGA